AUGUCAUCCCAGGAAGCUGAUUCUUUAGUCCUGUCUUCGGAUCCGCUGCAUCCUGCCAACUUGAUUCCAGAGCUCUGCAGAUCCUUUUAUCAGCUCGGUUGGGUGACGGGUACCGGAGGUGGAAUCUGCAUUCGUGUUGGAGACAAGGUCUACAUAGCUCCAUCUGGUGUGCAGAAAGAACGCAUUGAACCAAUACACAUCUUCGUUCUUCCAUAUCCCCAAGCACCCGCAUCCCCUCACACCGACCGAGUAUUUCUCCGACGGCCCGCGCUCAACCUGAAGGAAUCUGCAUGCACCCCACUUUUCUGGAAUUCGUUCGAUCUUCGAAAUGCUGGCAGUUGUAUUCACACCCACUCUCAACAUGCUGUUAUGGCAACUCUUCUUUGGACAAGGCCCACGUUUACUAUUUCGCACCAGAUGAUCAAGGGUGUUCGAAUUGCAGGAACUGGGAAUGCUCUGUCAUACCUCGACACCUUGGAACUUCCUAUCAUCGAAAAUACUCCGAACGAGGAAGAUUUAAAAGAUAGUAUGGCGGAGGCUAUGAUCAAAUAUCCAAAUGCACCUGGUGUUCUCGUUAGAAGACACGGUGUCUAUGUUUGGGGUAAUGAUUGGGAAAAAGCAAAGACUCAAACAGAGUGCCUGGAUUACCUCUUCGAGAUUGGUGUCAAAAUGAAGUUGGCUGGUUUGCCUACCGUUCUCAACGAAUAA